CUAGGCUCUGCAGGUCACGUGUUGAAGCCGCUGGAUGACGUCACGGCCUGGCAGCAAUGGAGCAAGGCAAGAAGAAUUCAAGUGACGCGUCCCCUGACCCUUCCCUUGAUUACUUGGACCGCAAUCCGUCGCCACCGCCCAGUGAUGACGAAACUCCCACUGCAGACUCCAUUGGGACCACAGUGUUCAGCAAGCACUGGCUGUUUAGCACCCUAACUAAACUCGUCAAGUUUGUAGAAAGUGAUCAGAAAACCAAGAAUGAAGAAGGAGAGGAUGUGCCGUUAGAGCUGGAUGAAGAGUUGGAAGAUGAAGUUUGCAAACUGUGGGACAUGUCUAUGAAUGAGGAAGUGGCUCUAUUUCUCAAGGAGUUUGAGGGGCCUGAACUUCUUGUUGGGAUUAUUAAGAAGUCCAAAAGUAAACGGCUCACAGAAAUUUGUAUGGGUAUUUUGGCGAACAUGAGCUGCUUUCAAGAGACGCGUGAGUGUAUGACUGAGAAUGACGGCUUGGGAGAAUUGGUGCUCCUACUACUGGCUGAUCCAGACCCUCCAACGUUAAUCGAAACUAGCAGGUUUUUACUCACUUGUUUAUCGCACAGCGAUGUAGCAAAUACUUGGCUGGAGAGAUUAAACGAGGAACUCUGGGUGCGAAAAAACAUCUAUUUCAUUAUGAGCAGCUCCACCAAUGUUGAUCUCCUGGUUAAAGUCGGUGAGCUGGUUGAGAAGUUGUUUGAUUUAGAUUCGGGAAUGGUUUUCGAGUGGGUGGAAGCCGAUUCUGAAGAUUCCGUUAAAGAUGAUGAGAAUUCAGAGGAAGAAAAUCCCCCAGCUCUGCAACUUGUACCCUCUGUGUUGGAAGCGGCAAAACAGCUAAGAUUUCAGAGCACUGAAGGCCUUGAUGUCUACCUGCACAUACUACAGCUGAUGACUACGGUAAAUCAUGGCUUUGAAGCUAUUGUAAAACCACCUGACUGUGGACAGAGCGUCUGGGAAUUUUUGUAUGAUCUCACAAGCCAUGAACUAUGCCAACCAAAUGAUCCCCCUCUCUUAAUACAGGAGCAGAAAACCUUACUGUCUUCUCUCUUCGCAGUCAUGCAAUCGAUGUUUACUUGCUACAAGGAUAAAGACUACCUAAAGAUCGGAAAAAAUCUGCCAUUGAUUAGUCGUGUAAUGCAAGUAUUGGACCACGUACAAGUUUAUGAUGAUAAUUUAUUUGAUCAGAACGCAAAGAAGAAGUCAGACUAUGAUGCUACUAAUCAAGCCCUUGAGAAAGAUCUGCCAUUCAGUAUACUUAAGGACGUUUGCUUGGAAUUCCUCACACAAAUGCUUUUCGCACUAACUAAGGAGGAUAUAAAGGAGUGUUUCCAACAAGGCUAUCUCAAUGAGCAUAUAUGCCGUAAGGCACUGGGGCAUGUACUGCCCAUGUAUCAAUCUUAUAUCAGUGAUUUCCUUACAGUCCUGAGUGAAGUUGAUCAGAACUUGUCGAACGUGCUCCAGAAACUGAUGCCACCGCCUAGACGUUAGUGGCAUACCAGCUUUAUUCCAUUACCCGCAAGCCACGGCAUCUUCCAUCCCACCUCGGUGCUGUUCUACUUUUCAGUUUUGGUUGACUUUUGGGAUUUUUUUAUUUAUUCGUCUAGUUUUUUGCUUCUAGAUACUUAAACAAAACCCAUGAAAUCUGCCACUAGAAAAGAAACGGACAAAAACAUGCUCCUUUUUAUAAGGCACAAGGACCAUUCCAGUGGAAUCAUUGCAUCAGAUGCAAGACCGUACAGCAGUAUUCACUCUGAUUGUAGUCUGAUUCUAAACCUUUACACAAGGUUUCUAAACAAGAUGUCACUUGAUGCUUAGACUGCCCCUGAUACAGGACAAUAUCGCUAGGAUACAUUUAAAGCCGAUACAUUGAAGCACAUACUUAAUUGCCACUGCAACACUCGUGGGAAAAAACUGUGGCAAUAGCUUAAACUUCGUUUGGAAAGACGCACAGUAAAACACUGAAUUACUAAAUAUAUUUGGGUUCCUUUUUGUAUCUUGUUAUUUUGAAAAGAAUAUAGUUUUUGUAUGUCUACGA